AUGACGGCCAAGCAAGAAGAAGUGUUUGACCGCAUCGGCCGGCCUUGCGUCGAAAAUGCGCUGUCGGGCUUCAACUCGACCAUCUUUGCGUACGGCCAGACCGGGUCGGGGAAGACGUUCACCAUCACGGGCGGCGCCGAGCGCUACGACGACCGCGGUAUCAUUCCGCGCAGUCUCUCGCUCAUUUUUGAAAAGAUGAAAAAGCACCCGGAAUGUCAAAUUUCGGCCUUCAUUUCGUACCUCGAGAUUUACAACAAUCAAGGCUACGACUUGCUCAACGAAGACCACCAAAACACCAAAGCCAUUGAAGAUUUGCCAAAGGUGAGCAUGCUGGAAGACGAAGACGGCAACUGCCACCUUCGCAACCUCUCGAUGCACCGCGUCGCGACCGAGGAGGACGCGCUCAAUUUGCUCUUUCUCGGCGACACGAACCGCGCUGUGAGCGAGACGUCCAUGAACUUGGAGUCGUCGCGGUCGCACUGCAUCUUUACCGUCUCCCUCGAGUCGCGCAAGGCGGGCAGCGAGGUCAUCUUGCGCUCCAAGCUCCACAUGGUCGACCUCGCCGGCUCGGAGCGGGCGCACAAGACAGGCGCGAAAGGCAAGGUGCUGCGCGAAGCCGCGUACAUCAACACGUCGCUGCACUACCUCGAAAUGGUCAUUGUCGCACUCCACGAGAAGAACACCAAGGGCCGGACACACAUUCCAUACCGCAACUCGAUGAUGACGUCGGUGCUGCGCGACAGCUUGGGGGGCAACUGCAAGACGGUCAUGGUCGCGACGGCGAGCGCCGAAAAAGAGCAGACCGAUGAGUCGCUCUCGACGUGCCGGUUCGCCCAGCGCGUCGCACGCGUCCGAAACGACGCGCACUUGAACGAAGAAGUGGACCCGGCGAUCGUGAUCCGCCGCCUUAAAGCUCAGAUCGUCGAGCUCCAGGAAGAAAUCGUGCUCCUCAAGGGCGAGCCCAAAGAAGGCGACGAGCUCAAGGAGUACGAGAUGGACAAACUCCGACAAAAGUGUUUGGACUACGCCAACAACCGCGAUCUCGACGCACAUUUGGCGAUGGGGGACAUUACGUACAUCAAGAUGAAGGCAUGCUUUGCCUUCUUGAAGAGCUUUUAUCUGGACGGCGUGGGCGACGGAGCGCCGCGCCCGCAAGCGACGAGCCAUUCCAGCAGCAACAGCAGCAACAACAACCACGUCCACGAAGACCGAGGGGACGGAGCGUCCCAUGCGCGCAUCGUCGAGCUCGAAGAGACGCUGCAGCAGCGCGACAAUGAAAUCGCUAUCCUUGUGGGGAUGCUCAAAAAGGGAGGCAACAGUGCGCAGGUGGCCGACGUCCUCAAGACCGUCGCGUCCAAGCCGCCCAUGGCCCCCCAGGCGCCCCCGCCGCCCCCCAACGGAUUCCAGGUCAAAAUUGACGCCGCCUCUCUCGACGACCCGGCCAAGGCCUUUGAAGUCUUUCGCGACCAGUACCCGAAAAACGACGUCAUUCGCGAAAACAAACAAUUGCUCAAGAAAAAGUACGACGAGGCCAAAGCACUCGCGCAAAACGUCAAUGACGCGCGUGGCGUCAUCAAGGAGCACAUGGCGACGGUCGAGAAGCUCCGCAAGACCAAGGCGCUCGAGUCGCUCACAAGUGGCGACGAAACAACGGCCGCUUCGGACGAAGAGACGGCGCUGGUCGCCAAGAUUGACGCCAAGAAGGCCGA